AUGUCUUGCGACUCUAACACAAUCAAGAUUAGCGUGAAGCCGUCCUAUCUUGCCAAGUAUGAGGGCACCAAGUUCGACGAGAAUGGCUCCUUCUUGUUGAACCCCGAUACACAGUGCGACUCAUCCAGAGGUCCAUAUAGCUUGUCUAGAUUCGUGAGAAAGACAGUGAAACUCGGGCCGGGCCAAAGUUAUGGUAGCAUUUACCCACACACAUACAGAUUAAGUCGAAGAGAAGAUCCCUCGGACCAAUCGGUGGAUGUAACAGUCAUUGUGGGGCCUUGGGCGAAAGGAGUAGCUUCGGGAACCCUGUUGCCCUCAGAUAUCAGCUUGACUUUGGAGCACUACACCUUUUCCGUAGGGUCCCCAGAACCCACUCUGAGGGUCAUAUUCGAUAAGUCUGUCGUUUAUGACCAGCACUUUGUAGACGAGAAUGGGUGUUUGAGACGAGCUUCCGACGUUGAAGGUGUCUCUCGAUUCCAGGAUAUAGACAUUCCCUUGGAGCAGGGUGAUCCUCAUCACAUUGGUGGCUACACCGCAAUGAUGGUCACCUCAAAGGAUGAUCCCCAAAUAUGUAUUUGCCCUCCAGGAUGGACGGAAGAGAAACCGACGGUCCUCACUCCGGCCGAGCCAUCGGUUGACAAGGCUGACUUGACUUCCACUCUGUUGGACGACUGA